ACAGGAUUUCCUCUCUGCUCUUUGCAGAUGAUGUUUUGCUGUUGGCUUCAUCAAGCCAGGACCUCCAGCGCGCAUUGAGGCGGUUUACGGUCGAGUGUGAACCGGCUGGGAUGCGGGUCAGCACCGCUAAAUCUGAGGCCAUGGUUCUUGACCGGAGAAAGGUAGUUUGCCAUCUCUCGGUGGGUGGAGUGACCCUGCCCCAGGUGGAGGAGUUUAAAUUUCUUGGGGUCUUUGUUUACGAAUGAGGGAAGACCAGAGCCUGACAUUGACAGGCGGAUCGGAGCAGCAUCCGUAGUUAUUUGGUCGCUGUACUGGUCCGUUGUGGUAAAGAGAGAGCUGAGCCAGAAAGCGAAGCUCUCAAUUUAUUGGUCGAACUUUGUUCCAGUACUCACCCAUCGUCAUGAGCUGUGGGUCAUAACCGAAAGAACAAGGUCCCAAAGACAAGCGGCUGAAAUUAGCUUUCUCUGUAGGGUGGCUGGCGCUACCUUAGAGAUAGGGUGAGAAGCUCUAUCCCCCGCAGAGAGCUCUGAGUAAAACCACUCCUCCUCCACAUCGAAAGGGGUCAGUUGAGGUGGCUCUGGCAUCUAGUCCAGAUGUCUCCUGGACGCCUCCCUGGGGAGGUGUUCCGGGCAUGUCCCACUGGGCAAAGUCCCUGAGGCAGAGCAAGGAUACGCUGAAGAGACUACGCCUCUUGGGUGGCCUGGGAACGCAUCUGGGUCCCCCCAAUAAAGCUUUCCCAUAAAGAUUUCCCCAUUGUGGGAUGAAUAAAGUUAUCUAAUCUAAUCCAAUCUAAUCUAAUCUAAUCUAAUCUAAUCUAAUCUAAUCUAAUCUAAUCUAAUCUAAUUUGAAUUGAAAUUGCUACUGCAACCUCACUUUGCCCAUUCAUAGAACUUGAACUUGACCCCGCCCCCCAUCAAAACGGAAAAAUGACAAAAAGGUUAGGUAAGAAAAAUUUUGAUCCAGAAUGCAGCGUAUUUAACCUAGGAAGUUGAUCAGAGAGAGCAGACAGUGGUGUCUACUAGGCUAGCCUCCUGAAAACCUUCAAAACUGGAUUAUAAGGAAAGAACACAAAAAACGUUAAGAGACUGUUCAUAUGAGUCAUUUAAGAGAUUCUGUUCUUACAACUGAAGUUGACCAUUUACCUAAGAUUGUGCAUGGAUAACAGAAGCUUGAUUUCUGUGAGCAACCCACAGAGAUUUAUUAGGUCAUUGAUUUUCUAAAAUCUAAGAUACUGUUACUACAUAUUUCCUGACUUUUUAUGUAAAGAACCCAGAGAGGGUUGUAUAUUUUUUACUGAUUGUCUUAUUAUAUAUUUGCUGAUUAUUAAAAUUUUUUCUUCUUGGUGAAGAACUCAGAGAGGGUUAUUUAAUGUCAGAUUUGGGUUAUUAAUAUUUGUUAUGUAAGGCUUUCAGUUUACAUUUAGGCACCCCUGCAACUGUCACACUUUUUCUGUUUCAAUCUGACCCCGGCCCCUGAUCAGAGAAUGGAAACAUUGUGUGGCCCUCGCUGGAAAAAGUCUGGGGACCCCUGGCUUAGAUCAUCAAACUGAUUUGUCUACGUGAUGUGUAUGUGUGUCUACAGAUGGGGGGACAGGUCUCCAUACCAGAGGGUGUCCACGUGGUGGUGGUGGGCGGAGGAUUUGCAGGCAUAGCAGCAGCACGGCAGCUGAAAUCUCGGGGGGUUCCAUUCACUCUGAUCGACAUGAAAGAGGCGUUUCAUCACAACUUGGCUGCGCUCAGAGCAUCCGUGCAGCCGGGCUUUGCUCAAAGGACCUUUAUCCCGUUUGCUAAGACGUUUGGAUCCAGCUUCGUUCAAGGCCGCGUGGAGCAUGUGGACCCGGAGCGGCAGGCUGUGUUUCUGCAGGGUGGAAGGGAAAUCCAGUAUUCCCACCUCAUCCUGUGCACCGGCACCAGUGGUACAUUUCCUGGGAAGGUCAAUGCAGUGUCAUCGUUGGAAGCCAGCGUGCAGAAAUACGAGGAACUGGUGGAACAGAUCCAGGCAGCAGACUCGGUUCUGGUGAUUGGGGGCGGGUCGACCGGUGUGGAGAUGGCUGCUGAGAUCAAGACGGAGUAUCCAGAGAAGAAGGUGGUUCUGAUUAAUUCCAGAAUUGGACUGGCUGACCCAGUGAUGAUGCCUAGCAUCAGACAGCAGGUCAAAGAGGUUCUUCUGGAGAAGGGGGUGGAGCUCCUGCUGGGACAAAAAGUAAGCCGAAUGUCGGAGCUGCAACUCAACAAGACCCAGAAGAACAUGAAGGUGAGCACGGAAAGAGGCGAGACGCUGACCACAGACUUGAUCAUCUGCUGCACUGGACUCAAGAUCAACUCUGCUGCCUAUAGCUUGGGUCUCAUGAGCAGCAUGGCUGACAGUGGAGCUCUGAGGGUAAACCAGUAUCUGCAGGUCCAUGGAUUCUCCAACAUCUUUGCUGUGGGUGACUGCAGUGACACACAAAAGCCCAAGACAGCGUACCUCGCUGGGCUCCAGGCUGCUGUUGCCGUCACCAACAUCCUCAACAGUCUAAGGGGGGCAGAGCUCAAAGUGUACAGCACAGGUAAUGUCACCAUGCUGGUGGCGAUUGGCAGGAAUGACGGCGUGGGUCAGUUCAACGGUUACAGGCUGCCUCGCUUCCUCGUGACCCUGGGGAAAAGCCGCGACCUGCUGUUGUGGAAGAGCUGGAAGGAAAUGCAACAGACCCAGCCCUGACCUCCAGAACCCAGCUAAAACAGAUAUGACCUAGCUAAAACUUGCAGAACCCAACUUUAACUUGCAGAACCUAGAAUCUGUAGAACCCAGCUACAACCUGUAGAAUCCAGCUAUAACCCGACAAAAAUAUUGUAGCGACCUGGGGGUAAGCCCCGCCUUCAGCCCCUUAGACUCAUGGGAAGUGGGGAAUCAUAGAUGAAAACCAUCAGUGAGAGGACUGGAAGCAGAAAUGAAGUCCAUGCUAUUAGGCUCUUUGAGGUGUGUUAAAUUAAAUAGGAGUUGAUAUUGAAAGGGAAUUUAUACUCUGCUGCCUAUUUCUUCCUCUCUGAGACUUAUUUGGGUUUUGUAGUGUAUGGGGCAUGGACUGCUCUCCAAUGUAGCCACUUACUUAGCAGCUUGGUUAUAGUGAUGUACCAGCUAGGUUGUUACAAUAUUUUUACCUUUGAGAUGAAGGAGGUCUCUUUACAUUCCUUCUGUUAUUCUUUAAUAAUAUUUAACAUUGAACCUUUAAUAUUCAACAUGUAACAAUUAGUUUUUUUCUCUGGUUGGCGCCAUGUCCUUUCAUAUAAAGAAGAAACCAAUUUCAUAUUUUUUUGUUUAUUAGCAGAAGGAGGUGUUUGUUUGGAGGUGUUUGUUUUGCCCCAUUCCACCAUUUUAACAGCACCCCUUUAGUAUACACAUGCACGCACACACCAGGAGGAAGAUAGUCACGUCUGGCCCUGUCUCCCGUCUUGAUCUGAGUGAGAUGGGCCCUGAACGGAGCAUUCAAUAUAAUAAAGUACACUCCAGGAAACAGUCAUCCAACUCGCCUGCACAUUGACUUUGUACAAACAUAGGUGGUAGAUGUUUUUUUGCAUGCGCAAAUACUAUGUAUGCCUGUCUAUGUGCACAAGAAAAUACCAACUGGCACGAUUUAAAAAUAAGUCCUCUAUAAAUACUGUUAAUUUGCAUAGAUUUAUUUGAUACUUGUAAUUAGUUGUGUGGAUACCAUGUGAUGGUGCGUGUAUGAGCACCAAAGCAUGCAAUUUAUGACACUCAUCUGAUCUCAUGACUUUGUAUUAUCAUCUGUCGUCCUGUUCGAGCAGCUGAAACUCAAUAAAGUUCAGCAUCAGUUACAAAAAA